AUAAGAUAAUAAAUAAAGACCACAAAACCAACAAUGGGGAGAAGAGACAAUAAGUUACACGAUCAAGCAAUAAGGUUGAACAGCCCAAAAGACAAGCAGCAUUUGUUUGAUUUUAUUUUUAAUGUUGGCUUAGCUCAGAGGAAAUUAAAUACUAGAAUCAAGAACAUGCAGACAGCUUUGAAGGGAGAAUCAAGAAUGAUUAAAAUAACUAAUCCCAAAGAUCACCCAUCUACAAAUCAGUAGUUGUUGAUUGUAUUGUAGUAUUCAAUUAUUAUUUUUAGUAGCACAUGAUAAACGACCGCCGGAGCAAACUAUUGUUUUACCCCGAUGCACAAAGGAUUGUUUCCGAAACUUGAAUACACUACAUCCAAAUUACAAUUGAGUAAAGUUUACUAGUAGGUCAAGACCCGCCCUCAAAUUGGAAAAGGGGAGUACUUGGAAGUUGAUUGCUUCUUAGUUACUAAAGAAACGCCAUUGUUAGCUUCACUGUUCUUGUUUUUCAUCAGAUAUGGAAGAAACCACCAACUUUUCAUCAGGAAAAAGGUGUGCUGUAGUUACCGGGGCAAACAAAGGAAUCGGACUAGAGAUAUGUCGCCAGUUAGCAUCCAAUGGAAUUAAAGUCAUAUCAACUGCUAGGGAUGAGAAGAGGGGUGUUGAAGCUGUUGGAAAACUCAAAGCUUCUGGGCUCUUAGAUGUUGUUUUUCAUCAACUUGAUGUAAAAGAUCCUGACAGCAUUGCUUCUUUGGCAAAAUUUGUAGAAACCAAUUUCGGAAAACUCGAUAUUCUGAUCAAUAAUGCAGCGGUAAAUGGAGUUACAAUCGACAUUGAAGCAUUAAGAGCCUUUAAACUUGGAGGGGGAUUAGUAAAUGAUGAGAAUGCUCAUUUGGUGAAUAGAGUCAUGCAGCAGAGUUACGAAAAGGCAGAAGCAUGCAUUAGAACAAAUUAUUAUGGAACUAAAAGUAUGACUGAAGCUUUUCUUCCUCUCCUUCAGCUCUCUAACUCAGCAAGAAUAGUAAAUGUCUCGUCUAUUUACGGACAGCUACAGUUUAUUUACAAUGAUAUGGUCAAAGCAGAGCUGGAAAAUCUUGAAAGCUUGACAGAGGAGAAAAUAGAUCAGCUUUUGUUGAUGUUUCUGAAGGAUUUCGAGGAGGAUAAGUUGCAAGCUAAUGGUUGGCCUCUUACAGUAUCUGCGUAUAAAGUUUCAAAAGCUGUCAUCAACGCCUAUACAAGACUGGUAGCAAAGAAAUUCCCUAAUAUUCUUGUCAAUUGUGUGCAUCCCGGACUUGUGAAAACAGACAUUUCAAGCAACUACGGAAACUUGAGUCCUGAAGAAGGUGCUAGAGCUCCUGUAAUGCUGGCUUUGUUGCCUGAUGAUGGCCCUUCUGGCCUCUACUUCUACGAGAUGCAUGUGUUUUUGACAGUCAUAAAUAUCUGAGUUUCAGAACAUGCUUAUUGCUACAUCGAACUUCUCUGUUGUCUUUUGCAAAAGAUUGCACAAUCCGAAGGCAUUUGGAAUCAUCAUAUAGUACUUGCCUUUCUUUCAAAUUCAAAGUUUCAACCGAUCUUAAUUUCUAACAAGCAAUGAAGUAUAGAUGUCAUGAAAGAAGAUUGUAUUCAGUACUCAAUGCCCA